CCGGGUGCUCGGAUCCGAACCCAGAUACCCUCUCCAUCCACGACCUGCCCUCGAAGCUGGUUCUGUUCUGCACCCAUGGCGACGGAGCACAUCCCGGUGGUGGACCUCCGCCUCCUCUCCCAGACCGAGAUCAACACCCUCUCCGUCUCCUGCCCAAACGCUUUCGAUCUCCACCGCUGCGACGACGUGGUUGUCCCCAAGAUCGACCGCUCCGUCUUCAAUGAGAGCGCUGGAAGCCGCAAGCAAACCUACUCCCGCCUCCGCCUCGCCCCCCGCAAGCCCGACGGCCCCCCUUCCUCCGCCUCCUCCUCGUCCUCCGUGGCCCGCCGUGGCCCCCGUGGCCUCCUCUCCUCCUCCCCUUCCUCCUCCGCCGCCUCCGCCGCAGAUGGCGGCGCCAACGACGACGACCCCGGGCGUCGCGAGAACCAGCAGAUCGUCUCGUUCCUCCGCCAGCUCUUCGCCCGCGAGGAAUCCUCCGCUCCCCAUCCUCAACUUCAAUCCCAAACCCUAAGCCUAACCGUAGCCACCCCCGUCUCCGCCCGCCGGAACUCCGAUGCUGAUGAUAGCAGUCGCAAGGCGUUGGUGGUUGUGGAGGAUAGGGACCGGGAUGUUCUAAAUGCGAAGGGCGUGACGGUGGACUUGGUCGGUUUAGGGGAAAAGGUGGAUCCUUUUGGGGAGGAGCUGAGGCGGAGGACGGCGGGGUUGAAGACGGAGGUGGAUCUGUUGCGGUUUUUGAGUGCAUUGGAAGGGCAGUGGGGGAGCCGGAGGAAGAGGAGGAAGAUUGUUGAUGCUUCAGUUUUCGGGGAUGACUUGCCGAGGGGAUGGAAGCUGCUUCUCGGGCUCAAGAGGAAGGAAGGCGUGGCCUGGGUGAACUGCCGGCGAUAUGUUAGCCCAAAUGGGAAGCAGUUUGGAUCUUGCAAGGAGGUUUCUUCAUACAUACUCUCCCUUGUUGGCCACCCAAAUAAUGUGAAGUCAAUUUUUGUUCAAAAUGAUGGAAGCACGCAUGAAGUUGACAAAUUGACUCCUAGCUUCCAGGCUGCAGGUCUUACCCAUCAAGAAGGCGUUGCAAAGGAAAAUGGCAGCAUGUCUUCAGUUACACCUCUCUCGUCUUAUUCGGAUGACAGUCAGAAGCAAGUUGUCUUAUACAGGGUUGAGAAGCAGACAAUCAAUGAAACAAAAAGUAUUCUAGAAUGUCAUGCAUGCAAGCUGACUUUUGGUGACAAGGACACAUAUUUGCAGCAUCAGUUGUCAUUUCAUCAAAGGAGUGCAAAGCGGCGUAGACUUGGCAGAUCCAUUGGGAAUGGUGUCAUUGUAAAAGAUGGUAAAUAUGAAUGUCAGUUUUGUCACAAGAUUUUUAGUGAGAGACAUCGUUACAAUGGGCAUAUUGGAGCGCAUGUAAGAUACCAAGGUCUGAGUGCUGAAGCACUGCCAGAUGAUAUUACAACAAGAUAUAUACUUAAUCCUUCCCCCUUGGCUGCAGUACCAUAUAGUUUCUCAGAGAUGACUGCUUUGGCUGAGCAAAAUGAAGAAACUUGUAAUGCAAAAUCGGCUGAUAAACUUCAUGUUGAUUCCUCUCAGUGCAAAAUAGACACCAAGAAUCCUGGAAUUGAUCAUAAUGCAAAGUCUGGUGGUAGUGAAGCUACUGAAGUAGCCUGCACAAGCAUCUCUAUUGAUGACCAAAAUAAUGAUCAUAAUUUGACUAGUUAUAAGUCCAAUGAGAUUCUUCUGGAAAGAAAUAUCACAGAUGACAAAUCUGAUGCACACAUGGAUGCCAUAUCUCCUUCUGUUGUUGAUGUAAACAAUGUGGCUCAAUAUUGCUCACCUGUUACCACUCAAGAAGCUUCUACAAGCAAAUCUGUUGAUGACCAGGCGAGCCACAUUGAUAUGGUUAAUUGUAAAUCUGAAGUUGUUGAGGCUGGUAAUGCUGGGGAUGCCAACCCUAAUGAUGGCCAGGUUAAUGAUUGUGACAUGGGUGGUUAUAAAACAGAAGAGGUUAUUGAGGCUAGCAAUACCAAAGAUGUCAGGCCCGAUGCAAGCUUGGAUGCCGUAUCUUCCCCUCUUAAAAAUAUGGACAAUGCGACCUGUGAAAGUAUUAAUGAAAUUGGUCAAUCUUCCUCCACAAGCAUAUCUGUUGACAACAUCAAUGAAUAUGCUAUGACUGGCUAUAAAUCUGAGGAGGUUGUUGACAUUAAUAAUCCCAUGGGCGUUAAGCAUAUUGCAUCCAUCGAAUCUAUCUCUCCGUCUCUUAUCAAUGUGGACACCAAUGAAAUUGAUCUUUCUUCAUGUACCAUGAUUCCAGAAAUCGGAAAAUAUGGCACUGACCAGAAAGCCAACUCAGACGUUCAUUUGAUAACCAUGUCAGGUAAUGAACCAACUUAUGGGAUUGACACUUUUGCAAAUGAUAUUUUUACCAGCUCCAUGGGAGAAAACGUUCUUGUUGAACUGGAUUCAUCUGACACUGGGUUGAAAACUCAAUUUGCAAAUUCCCAUUCAUUGUCUGACAAAGAACUGGCUACUGAGAAUAUUAUGCCUGGUGAAUUCAAUGCCACCUGUAUUGACACUACUUUUGUCAAUGGACAUAAUGGGGAUGUUGAAACAGAUGCAGAUUGUACAUUUGAUAUUGACAUGAAGGAAUCUGUACUUGAAGAAAUGGAUAAACCUGAUAAUGAGCUGGAAAAUUGCUUUUGUAGCAGCAAUGCUGGAUGCGAAGAGGUUGUUCCGAGUGAUGUUGUUGCAAACAAUGAUGGAACAAAUUAUCUGCAACUUAAUGUGGUGGGCACAUCAUCAUGGGUACAUUCAUCUGAUGGUGUCCCAAUCCUUGAUAUGAUCCCGGAACAGUGUGAAGAUGAACUCAGCAGUGUUGGCCAGAAGCGGGGGAUCCUGCCGGGCUUUGAAGAGUUGAGGUUGGAUGCAUCCAGCUCUUCUGAAUUUGUUUGCCUGACUGGUCGAGAGCCGAGUUCAGUGCCUGGGCCAACCAUCGAAUUGGGUUAUGCAACAGCACUGCAAAAUGGGAGUUGCUCCUCUGUUCAGUUAGGAUGGGACAUAUCUCGUGAGCUAACUUCUGUGUGUGUGUGGUGUAGCAGGGAAUUCAGCCAUGGUAGUAUUGCUGUUGCUGAACUACAACCUGAUUCCGUCGGCUUCAUGUGCCCAGCAUGUAAGGCAAAGAUUUCAGGUUAAGACAAUCAUUUGAGUGCUGACCUGCAGCUCAUUCUUCUUCUGUAAGGACAAUGCACCUCUAACUGUCUAUUAUGGGUUGAUUUCUAGCAAUUAAUGCUAUAGACUCUGAUCCUUUCUUUCAUUUCA